UGGACUCAGCUCAUCUCGGCUCACGCCAGGGUCGGAGACUGCCGCCGCGCGUUUGGCCUCCUCGACGAGAUGCGGCAGGCCGGAUGUGAGCCAGACGUCUUCAGCUACAGCAUUCUCAUCAACCUGUGCGCAAGGUCGAAGGACUGGAAAACGGCGGUGUCGCUGCUUCGCGAGAUGCCAGGCGCGGGAGUGCCGCCGAACGAGGUCAGCUACAGCGCAGCCAUCUCUGCGUGUGCGAAGGCUGGCCGGUGGCAGAAGGCGGUGUCGCUGCUGCGCGAGAUGCCAGGCGCGGGUGUGCAACCAGACGUCUACAGCUACAAUGCGGCCAUCUCAGCCUGCGAGAAGGCUGGCCGGUGCGAUGAGGCGCUCUCGCUAUUUGACGAGAUGCCUGCUGCAGGAGUGCAGCCAGACGUCAUCAGCUACAACGCAACCAUCUCUGCGUGCGAGAAGGCUGGCCAAUGGGAGAAGGCGCUGUCGCUGCUGCGCGAGAUGCCUGGUGCAGGCUUGUCACCAGACGUGAUCAGCUACAGUGCGGCCAUCUCUGCGUGCGAGAAGGCUAGCCGGUGCAAUGAGGCGCUGUCGCUGUUCGACGAGAUGCUUGCUGCGGGCGUGAGGCCAAAUGUGAUCAGCUUCAACGCAACCAUCUCUGCAUGCGAGAAGGCUGGCCGGUGCGAUGAGGCGCUCUCGCUAUUUGACGAGAUGCCUGCUGCAGGAGUGCAGCCAGACGUCAUCAGCUACAACGCAACCAUCUCUGCGUGCGAGAAGGGAGGCCAAUGGGAGAAGGCGCUGUCGCUGCUGCGCGAGAUGCCUGGUGCAGGCUUGUCACCAGACGUGAUCAGCUACAGUGCGGCCAUCUCUGCGUGCGAGAAGGCUAGCCGGUGCAAUGAGGCGCUCUCGCUGUUCGACGAGAUGCUUGCUGCGGGCGUGAGGCCAAAUGUGAUCAGCUUCAACGCAACCAUCUCUGCAUGCGAGAAGGCUGGCCGGUGCGAUGAGGCCCUGUUGCUGCUGCGCGAGAUGCCUGAUGCAGGCUUGUCACCAGACGUCAUCAGCUACAGCGCGGCCAUCUCUGCAUGCGAGAAGGCUGGCCAAUGGGAGAAGGCGCUGUCGCUGCUGCGCGAGAUGCCUGCUGCGGGAGUGCCGCCGAACGAGUUCAGCUACAACGCAACCAUCUCUGCGUGCGAGAAGGCUAGCCGGUGCAAUGAGGCGCUGUCGCUGUUCGACGAGAUGCUUGCUGCGGGUGUGAGGCCAAAUGUGAUCAGCUUCAGCGCAGCCAUCUCUGCGUGCGAGAAGGCUGGCCGCUGUGACGAUGCCCUGUCGCUGCUGCAAAAGAUGCGAGAGGACGGCGUGCAACCAAACGUGAUUAGCUACAGCGCAGCGAUUCAGGCGUGCGCGGCAGCGCAACAGCCUGAUGAGGCGCUGAGGCUCUUCAAGGAGGCGCUGAGGUCGGUCGAACCAGACCGUAUCACCUUCAAUGCGGUGCUG